GCCUUAGCUACACUUAAUCAUGAAGGUGAAUCUCUCUUUCCAAUCCCAAUUUUUCCACAAAGAAACAAACAAAACAGUAUUGUGCAUAUAUUGUGGGAUUUAGUCUAGCCAGAAGAUCUUCAGCACACAAUUUGCAGGUUGAUUUUUCUUUGAUGCAUUAAAAGCAUAGCCAUUUUUUCUUCUGAUUUGCAAGGCUAUGGUGUAGCCUUUCGGUGCAGAAAAUUGGAGUUUGACAAGAGGCAGCUUGGGUGCAGGUUUCAUACACUGUUGUGCUUGACUUUUGAUGAAUUUGAAUUGCAUUUUGUUCAAACUCCUCUGAUUGAUUUCUUCUAUAAAUAGAGGGUAAUGGCUGAAUUUGAAGAGGAGGCAUUGAGUUAGAGGAGGCAUUGAGUUAGGGGAGGCAUUGAGUUUAGGAGAGGCAUUGAGUUUGUGAGAGAGGAAACAGAAAUAACAUAAUUGCAACCAAAGUUCUAACAUAACCAACACUUCCAUUUUCUAUCAACACACCACCACUUCCAUCAUCACGACCACUAUAUUCCAACCACCAUAACCAACACUUCCAUUUUCUAGCAAUCAUCACCACAAAAAGCAGAUAACAGGAACUGAAGAGAAAACAGAACAUAUCUAAGGGAAUUAAAAAAGGACAAACAGUUAUAAAGCAAAAAGAAAUAUGACUUCCGAGAAAAGACACACGCUUUCUCUCAAAAUCAAGGUCCCCAAAGUGGAAAGUCUCAUAGCUCUAAGCAAUCAAAUGACCACCCUCAGCAAAGGAAGCUUCCAAGUUAACUAUGGAUUGUUACUCAAUCUCCUCCACGUGAAGAUAGAUACGGUUGCACUAACUACUUUGGCUCAAUUCUAUGACCCACCUCUCCGUUAUUUCACUUUUCAAGACUUUCAAUUGGCCCCCACACUAGAAGAGUUCGCCAAGAUCCUAGGCUACGAUUUAAAAGAUCAAAAGCCUUAUUUGGGUUUAGAGGAAGAGCCUACUUUGGAGGCAUUUGCUAAAGCCCUACAUCUCAGCAUUGGUGAAGUGGAGCCUUGUUUAGAAGUAAAGAAAAAUACAAAAAGGAUAUCAAGAAAACUCUUGGAGGCUAAAGCCCAAGAUUUGCUGGCCAGGAGAGAGUGGGGAGCAUUCAACGCAAUACUAGCCUUGUUGAUCUAUGGGGUAGUGCUAUUCCCUAACAUUGACGAUUACAUAGACCUCGCUGCUAUAGGGGUGUUCAUAGUUGGAAAUCCUGUUGCUACAUUAUUGGCUGAUUUUCAUCUCUCCCUUUACGGGAAGAAAAAAGGAACGAUCUCUUGUUGUACUUCCUUAAUGCAAGUUUGGUUGACGUUACACUUGCCAAAGACAAGGACCUUUUUAGAGAAUCCAGCUGGCUUAAAGUGGUCGCAAAGGAUGACGGCCCUCACUGAAAAAGAUAUAUCUUGGUAUCAUCGAGAGUUAGAUGGCACAGAGGUCAUUCUCAGCUGCGGCGAUUUCCCCAACGUACCUCUUAUAGGAACAAAAGGGUGCAUCAAUUACAAUCCUGUUCUCUCUCUCCGACAACUAGGGUACCCAAUGGAAGAUAAGCCGAAUGAUCGUCUGUUAGAAGGGUUUGUUUUGAAGAAAGGAAUAGAAGACCCCGCAUUACUAAGAAAGAUCCAAAGGGCUUGGGGCCAAAUACAUAGAAAGAAGCCGGAAAAGAAGAACUGCUUGGCCAAACCUCCAUACACUCAAUGGGUAAAAGAAAGAGUUAAGGUUAUCAAGUUGCCUUUUGCUAUGAUAGCUCAUGAUAGACCUCCAUCACCCGAGCUAGUCACUACCGUCCCUAUCGAGGAGGCCAAAGAAAUGAAAGCCAAUAUUAUGGAGUUGCAAAGAAAGAAUGAGGAAUGGGAGUCCAAGUAUUUGCAAGCUAGUGGAGAAGUUGCAAGAUUGAAAAGGGAUCGAAAACACCAAAAUGAGAUUCUUCAAGUGAGUAGGAAAAGGUUUAGGGAGUCCGAAGAGAAAAGAAGGAAGAUUGGAGGUGGCCUACAUAGCGCAAAUAGCGACCUCAUAGCCAAGGAUGAAGAAAUAGAACGACUCAAGUUUUCCUAUGGAGAGGUUAAGAAAUUUGGAGAAAAGGCUUUCGAAGCUCAAAGAAAGUGGAGGGUGAAGAAUCAAGAGCAAGAGGGAAAGACCCAGGAAGUCAAGGGGCAAUUGCACUUAGAAAUCCUCCGAAGCCAAGAACUUGAGAAUCUUUACCUCCAAGAAAAAGCAAAGCACAAACAUCUUCAAAGUAGCAUCCAAGAACAAUUACGCUUAGAAAUCCUCCAAAGCAAAGAACUUGAGAGUCUUUUUCUCCAAGAAAAAGCAAAGUGCGAACAUCUUCAAAGUAGCAUCCAAGAUCAUCUUGACCAACAUGUAAGGGCAUAUGUGGACCAAAUUGCACGGCUAAAUAGAGAGCUUGAAGACAUGAGUGUUGAGCUAACCCGGCGUGGGGUAAUACUUGGUUUUGUAUGGGAUGACGCCAUUAAGUUGAAGGAAAAUUUCUCUAAAUUAGCCGCUUUCUCAAAUAUGGUCAUUGCCGAAAUACCCGAGAAGCUAGCACAUGCCGAAAUAGCCUUGUCAUACUACGACGUCCCCGAGGAUAUCAAGGAGUUCAUGAAGUAUUGCAAGACUAUUUUAGAGGUCUAUAAGAAAGCGGUAGACAUCGCUAAGAAGAGAUUGGCCGAAUAAUCUGUUGUAUUUCUGUUUCUGUACCUUGUAACCUAAAAACUAAUGAAAUGAGUGUUGAGUUUUUGAAGAAA